AUGAGGAUUUCCAAAAUUUUUUUCUCUGUUUGUCUUUUAGCAAAAGAAAUAAUGUCAUCGCCAAAUUCUCGCGCUUCCUACAAAUUGAAAAUUGAAGACCAAAGAAUGUGCGAUGAGGAAUUCAUUUACACUUGCUCUGACGGUGAAAAUGAAGAAGUUUGCGGCGAGUGGGUAUGCACAGAUGGAGCCUUGGAGUUUUCUACUUGCACAGUCGUUUUUGAUAAGAAUCAAGAAAAAAGUUUUGAAAAUGUUGAAAGAACUUGCAAAUGUCAUAUUGAUGUUGGUCCUUUCAAAGUUUUCACUGGCUGCAAAUGGAUCAGAUCGCUGAAUACAGAAGAAAAGCCCGAAAAAGAAUCAAGAAAAUCAACCACGAGCGUUUCAACAACGAGUUCUACGAAAACAACAACAACAACGUCAACACCACAAAUAACAACAACGAUUGCAACAACUUUUUCUUCUUCGACUGAAAAAUCGCAGUCGACUCAAGAAAGAAACGAGAACUCUGUUCAAUCAAAUCAUCAAGGUCAACCAAUGCUUCUCGAUGUAGUCAACAGCGAGGAUUCAAACUGGAAAGAAAUGCAAAAGAAAAAUUUUAUCGAAGAACAAGCAGAAGAAAUCGAAGAAAGGAGGUCCUAUCCAAUCAAGAGAGAAAAAAACUCUCGUAUUGGAAAAUUAAAAACAGCAGAGACCACGAUUCCAAGAAGAAUAAUUCAAAAAGAUGGAACUUAUGUCCACGCUUUUGAGUUUAUGCAGCAUUUACAACAAAUGAUGUUUAUGAAUGGUCUGUUUCAGCGUGUUUUAAAAGAUUAG